GAACAGUCUGUGUACUAAAAACUAGUGAAGUGAAUCUUCGUUUCUGCAUUUACUGAAUAAAUUAGGGUCGUAAUUUAAUUUUACGUGAUGGAUCUUCCAGAGCAGUUUUUAAUGUUAAAACUGAAUGCGAAAAAUGAAAUGUCAAGUGCUAAUGCCACAUCGAAUUUAAAUUCCACUGGGAAUGAACACUUUGUUUUAAGGUCUAACGAAGUAAAAGCCAUUAACUGUUCCGACCUAAAUAGCAAAAAUGAUGGAGAAAUGCAGGGCGAACCCACGGGUGAAAUUGAAAAGAUAAAUAAAUAUGUUAUUUGUGGAAUUGAUGGUCCAAAAAGAGUUGGUCCACUUGUACCACCGAAACCUUACAAAAAGAAACAAAACUAUCCCGAGACAUAUAAUUACAGAACCAGAGUACAACGAACAGUUAUUGAAUUCUUACACGAAACGAUACCUUAACCCAUCUGUUAUAAAUUGAAUUCAUACAGAGGAAAGGGUAAUGGGUAUGAUGCAAAAUAGCUAUCCUAUUCAUUUCAGUAACAUUAAAAGCCGAUAUACCCAAAAAUUAGAUGAAGAUGUUAGUAACGAGCAAGAACAGGAGAGCAUCAUAUUAAAAGAACACUUAAGAGCACAUAGGAAUGCCACUGAAAAUAAAACACAAAUUCUCAAAACAAAAUAUUUUUCCGGUAUGUUAAAUAAAAUAAAAGGAAUAAUAGCCAACUGCACCGCUUGUAAAAAAAAUAAGUACGAGACACAUCCCAAUCAACCGAAAAUUGCAGAAACUCCAUUACCAACAUAUCCAGGACACAUAGUUCAUAUCGAUAU